UGUGUCGCUUUGCGUGUGCCGACAAAAAUAGUAAACAUUGCAGUUCACUUGUUCCUAAAUUCACAAUCAUGUCCAGUUCAGUGGACGUUAAGGACAGACAAUAUAUGUAUAGACUUGUCAUCAGUCAAUUGUUUUAUGAUGGCUAUCAAAGUCUGGCGGUCAACUUGUCCAACUUGGUCAAAGCCACUCCAGCCUGUCCACCUUCUGACAAACUGAUGCAUGUGGUCAAGCUUGGACUGCAGGCAGAGGAAGAGAACAGUGAGCAAGACAAGCUGAAGGGAGAUGUGACAGCACCAGGGUCUGGCAUUGACCUAGAGUUUGAGACUGAUGUCCAGAGGUUUGCCUCUGACAUCUCCCAGUAUGAGACAUGCUAUGUGACAGCACACAAAGCUCCCUGCAGGGCUGGCGUGUUUAAUAAGACAGGUCAGCUUAUAGCCACAGGAUCAGGAGAUGCCUCAAUAAAAAUUCUAGAUGUGGAACGUAUGCUAGCCAAGAGUGCCAUACCGGCUGACCAGAUGGCGCAGGAGACCCCCCAACAACAGAUGGAAAACCACCCUGUCAUUAGAACUCUGUACGACCACACUGAUGAGGUGACAUGUGUAGAUUUUCACCCCUAUCGCCAAGUCUUAGUCUCAGGCAGCAAAGAUUAUGGAGUCAAAUUCUUCGAGUUUUCAAAGCCAUCCGUGAAGAAGGCUUUCAAAAGUAUCCAAGAGGCCUCUCCUGUACGAUGUUUGAAUUUUCAUCCAUCUGGCGACUAUCUAAUUGUUGGAACGCAGCAUCCCACAGUGCGCCUUUAUGAUGUGAAUACAUUCCAAUGUUUUGUUGCCAGCAAUCCCAAAGAACAACACACAGCACCUGUUACAAGUGUGAAGUGGAGUCCGUGUGCUAAAAUGUAUGUAUCAUCUUCUAAAGAUGGAGAUUUGAAGCUGUGGGAUGGUGUCAGUAAUAAGUGCGUCAACACUUUCAAACGUGCACAUGACGGGCACGAGGUGUGCUCUGCAGUCUUCUCAAGAAAUUCUAAGUAUGUAUUAACUUGUGGUAAAGACUCCCUGGUGAAGCUCUGGGAGCUGUCUACCUCCAGGUGUCUUAUAGCCUACACAGGGGCAGGGACAACAGGCAAAAUGGAGCACAGGACACAGGCAGUUUUUAAUCAUACUGAGGAUUAUGUGUUAUUCCCUGAUGAGGCCACCACUAGUUUGUGUUGCUGGGACUCUAGAAAUGCUGACAGGCAAAAGCUUCUUGCUCUCAGUCAUAACAAUGUAAUACCUUGUAUCGUUCACUCCCCCACUGGCCCCGCCUUCCUGACAUGCAGCGAUGACUUCAGAGCAAGGUUCUGGUACAAGAAAGCUUUGGACUAGCACUGUCCUGGUUAUGGAUUGGGUUGUAUUGAUUGAGUAGCCAUUUCCUGGCCAAGAGUGAUCAGACGCAGUGGUUUUAGCCUCUUGGUUAUAGCGCCAUCUAUCAAUCCUGUGAUUUGGAUGUUGUCCAAUGGGACAGGAGGCCUGCUGUUGAUGUUGAGUUUUCUUGACAAAAGAAAUUGCAGAGAGUUUGCUGCAUUUCUGUGGCUGGUUCAGAAUUGAAUUUUAUGGUAACCUGGGGAUUUUACAGUUAUAUAUGUGGCCCAUUGUCUUAAAACAUAAGUGAGUGGGAAGAUAUGCUCAUGGCUCCAAAAACUUUGAAAAAAAAUCACCCGUUGUGCUGGGCCAAGACUGAAUUAUACCACAGCCGGUUUACUGAAAUUAGACUGAGAAAAGUUUGAAAAAAAA